CUCCUCCCUUGUCAUCUGGGGAGGAACCAGCAGCUGCUGCUCCCCAGCCGGGCCUGUGCAGGGGAGAGACCUUCAUUAAAGCUCCUUCUGGGCCCAGCCCAGGUGGGGAUUUUUUGGAACUAGCCCCUGGGGCAUCCCCAGGCUCUGCCAACACCAGCUCUUGAGCCGGAGACUCCAGAAGGUGAUGGGACAGUGAGUGAGAACGAAGGAGGAGAAUCCUCAGCAGAAAAUCCUCAGCAAGUGUAACUGCACGGGACGUUAUCAAGAAGAACUGAAGGGAAUUUCUUCCAGAGUCUUAAGAGAGGCAGCUAGGAAAAAGGUGGAUAAAUCUAUUUGUUGUGGGAGAGGCUGUGGGAAUCUCAAGGAAAUUACAGCCGAGCAAGGAAUCCAAAUGGGAGAGAGAAAAAACACAUCCACUGAGUUUGGGAAAAGUUUUAAUGACAGCUCACACCUUCCUAGACAUCAGAGAACGCUCAUGGGGGAAAGACCGUUCAAGUGCUCGGACUGUGGGAAAAGCUUCAGUCUGAGCUCAAACCUUCUUACCCACCAGAGAACCCACACGGGAGAGCGACCCUAUAAAUGCUUAGACUGUGGGAAAAGUUUCAGCCUGAGCUCAAACCUUCUUACACACCGGCGACACCACACAGGAGAGCGACCCUAUAAAUGCUUGGACUGCGGGAAAAGUUUCAUUCAGAGCUCUGAUCUUAUUUCACAUCAAAGACUCCACACAGGAGAGAGACCCUAUAAAUGCCUUGACUGCGGGAAAAGUUUUAUUCAGAGCUCGCACCUUAUUAGACAUCAGAGUCUCCAUUUAGGAGAGAAACCCCAUAAGUGCCUCAUCUGUGGGAAAAAUUUCACUCAGAAGUCACACCUUAUUAGACACCAGGGAAUCCACACAGGAGAGGAGCCCUGUAAGUGCCCUGACUGUGGGGAAACAUUUGUUCAGAGCUCACAGCUUAUUGUGCAUCAGAGAAUCCAUACGGGAGAGAAACCUUUUAAAUGCUUGGACUGUGGGAAAACCUUCAGUCGGAGUUCCCACCUUAUUGUACAUCAGAGAACCCACACAGGAGAGAAGCCGUAUAAAUGCUUUGACUGUGGGAAAAGUUUUAGUGUCAACUCAAACCUUAUUACGCAUCAGAGGAUCCACACCGGAGAGAGGCCCUAUAAGUGUCUGGACUGUGGGAAAAGUUUCCAGCGGAGCUCACAUCUUAUUAAACAUCAGAAAAUCCACACGGCAAAGAAGACCUGAAUGUGGGUGACUCUUCACUUGGGGCUAUGAUCAUAAUAGGCUUCUGCAAAUCCAUACAGGAUAGAGACCUCCUAAAGAUCCUCUGUGUGGCAAAUGUUUCAAGCAGAGUUCACAUCAUAUUGGACAUGAGAGACUCCACACAGCAGAGAAAUUGUAGUGGGCUGCCAGCCUCUGUUGUUGUUAGCUUUCUGUUUAAUGCUUGUCUCUUCUAAGUGCUCUAAAACUUGCAUGAUUAUUCAGAUUGCUCUGAUAUUUGGUGUACCCCAUGGGUUCAUGUGGAAGGGUUAGUGAACUAAAAUUGGGGUCACUUGA